AGACGCCGCGGUGGUUCGGGCGCCCGGCCGCCAGGAGCGCGGCGAGCGCCUCCACCGCACUCGACCACGUGACGCAGUGGGCUGCCUACAGCCGAGCCGUCGGCAAGCGAGGCUCUCGCUGGCAGCGCGCGGCUAUCCGUGACCGAGCCAGCCAUCGGCGGAGCUACUGCAGACCAGGACACAGCACUGCAGGGCGCGAAGGAUGGCGGCCGCUGCGGCCCAGAUGUUUUAAUCAAGCUCAGUUCCAACAAACAUGCUCGUGCUCGUAGCAAUAAUCCUGUCAUGCCUGUCAUGUGCUGCGGUGAGGGAGCAAAAGGAACCCGUGCGCAUAGGCGGCUUGUUCGACGCCGGCAGCGUGCAGGAGGAGCAGGCCUUCCGGCUGGCCGCGGACAUGGUGAACAGCGCGGCGCCCAUCCGGAGGUACCGGCUGGUGCCCCACGUGGCCGCGGUGGGAGUCCACGGCAGCUUCGAGGCGUCGCAGAAAGUGUGCGGCAUGCUGCUGAGCGGCGUCGUGGCCAUGUUCGGCCCCACGACGGGGGAGGCGUCCCACGUGGUGCAGUCCAUCUGCGACUCCAAGGACAUCCCGCACAUCGAGGCGCGCUGGGACGUGAACCAGCACCGCGAGGCGUUCCUCGUCAACCUCUACCCCUACAAGGGCGUCUUCGGCAAGGUGUUCUUGGAUCUCAUAAAAUUCUUUGAGUGGAAAAGAUUCACAAUAAUUUACGAAAGUAGCAGCAGUCUCGUGAGACUAAAUGAUUUGCUGAAAAUGUACGAACCUAAGAAAGGCACCGUCACAAUUAGGCAACUGGAUGCGGAAACAAAAAAUUACAGAGAUAUGUUCUACAACAUUAAGAAGUCCGGUGAUCUGAACUACGUGGUCGACUGUUCGCCGGAAAUACUGUACGACGUGCUGAUUCAAGCCCAGCAAAUUGGCAUCAUGUCAGACCAGCACAACUAUAUUAUAACAACUCUGGACUUGCACACAGUGAACCUGGAGCCGUUCCAGUACGGUGGGGCGAAGAUCACUGGCGUGAACAUUAUCGAUCUUCAGGAGCUGACGGCAAAGCUGGCCUCCUGGAGCAACUGGUUCGCGAGGAAUGGCCAGGCCAUGCCCGACUUCACCCUCGAAAACUUCAAGGCGAGCUCGGCGCUCAUGUACGACGCCGUGCACCUGUUCGCCGGGGCGCUGCGCCGCAUGCAGGGGCUCGAGGUGAACGCCGGCCGCGUCGACUGCAACUCCUACAGCAGCUGGAUGCACGGCGCCUCGCUCAUCAACAUCAUGAAGGACAGCGACAGCUCGUUCAAGGGCCUGUCGGGCCUGGUGCAGUUCGACAACGAGGGCUUCCGCAGCAACUUCAAGCUGGACGUGCUGAAGCUGACCUCGGCCGGGCUGAAGCAGGUCGGCAACUGGCACUCGGCCGAGGGUCUCAACGUCUCGAACGUCAUCGAGGAUGAGCCGCUGUCCACGGACGAGAACACCCUGCGCAACAAGACUCUCAUCGUCCUCAUCUCGCUGACUAAGCCCUACAUCAUGACGAAGAUCUCGAAGGAGGCGCUGUUCGGGAACGACCGGUACGAGGGCUUCGGCAUCGACCUCAUCAAGGAGAUGGGCAGCAUGCUGCAGUUCAACUACACGUUCGUGCUGCACAACGACAGCUCGUACGGCAACAUCAAGAACGGCGAGUGGACGGGCAUGAUCCGCAAGAUCAGAGACGGCGUGGUCGACCUGGCCAUCACGGACCUGACGAUCACGGCGGAGCGGGAGUCCGGGGCCGACUUCACCAUGCCCUUCAUGAACCUCGGUAUUAGCAUCCUGUACAAAAAACCAAAGAAGGCACCUCCGGAGCUGUUUUCGUUCAUGGCGCCGUUUUCUCUGGGAGUCUGGGGUUGUAUGUUGUCUGUCUACGUGGGCACAUCUGUCCUGCUCUACCUCAUGGGAAGGAUCUGCCCCUACGAGUGGGUGAGCCCGUUCCCCUGCAUGGAGGAGCCGGACGAGCUGGAGAACCAGUUCAGCCUGGGCAACUGCAUGUGGUUCACCAUCGGCAGUCUGCUGCAGCAGGGCUCGGAGAUCGCGCCCAUUGCCGUGUCGACGCGCAUGGUGGCCGGCAUGUGGUGGUUCUUCACGCUCAUCAUGGUGUCCUCGUACACGGCCAACCUGGCAGCCUUCCUCACUGUCGAGACCACCACCACGCCCUUCACCGACGUAAAGACGCUGGCCGAGCAGGACAAGGUCAAGUACGGCGCUAAGAAGGACGGCGCCACGUAUCUCUUCUUCAAGGAAUCAACAGAUCCAGUUUACCAGAAAAUGUACAAGUACAUGUUGGAGAACAAGGAUGAAGUAAUGUCAGAGACUAAUGAGAUCGGCGAAGAGAGAGUGAAGAGCAGUGAUGAAGACUACGCAUUCUUGAUGGAGUCUUCUUCCAUAGACUACAUCGUCGAGAGAAACUGCGACCUCGCAAGGGUCGGGGGUCUGCUGGACAAUAAAGGCUAUGGCAUAGCAAUGAAAAAGGGGGCGCCGUACCGGAACUUACUGACCACGGCGGUGCUGAAACUGCAAGAGUCUGGCAAGCUGACGUCACUCGUCGACAAGUGGUGGAAACAGGAGAGGGGAGGAGGCGCUUGCAAAGACAAAGCCGCCAGCAACAGUCCAGAGGCGCUGGGCUUGCAGAACGUGGGAGGCGUGUUCCUGGUCCUCGUCACUGGAACGAUACUAGCUGCCAUCCUGACCAUCAUGGAGCUCCUGGUACACGUCUACCAAACGUGUAAGAAGGAGAACCUCUCGUUCCGGGAGGAGCUCAAGGCAGAGUUGCAGUUCGUGGCGCGCUGCCAUGGGUCCACCAAGCCCGUGAGGAGACUUCGCAAGGAGGAGGACGACCGCAAGGAAGAAGAGACGGACGACGUCGACUUCAUCGCCAUGAACACCUUCCAGAACGGGUUCCAGUUCAAGGAGCCCCUGGCAUGAGAGUGCCCGGCGAUGGAGCGCUGCUUCCUGAAGUGCCUAGUAUUGUCCAGCCACUGGUGGUUGCUUUCAUUUUAAACUUAAUUUUUACUCUAGGCAGUUUAGCUUUGAAUAUUGUUUGUAAAUUGUAAAUAAAUAAUUUAAAAAAUAAUUUAAAAUUAGUUAUUGACUGUC